AUGGCAGGGAAACAAGUAGUUGUCUGUCAAGUUUGGGCAAGCAACCUAAAAUCUGAGUUUUUCCAUAUCCAGAAAGUAAUUCGUCAAUACACUUUUGUUUCUAUGGACACUGAAUUCCCUGUCCAGUCAACUCUCAACAAGCAUUUUCUCUGCUAUGCUCCAGAUUCUACCUACUAUCUCAUGAAGCUCAAUUUCAACUUUAGGGAUUUCGAUCUGCAGAGUGAUCCCCAUAAUGCUGAGUCCAUUUACUUACUUGAAAGACAAGGAACUAAUUUAAAGAUGCAUAGAGAAAAGGGUAUUGAUUCUAGGGAUUUUGCCAAGUUGAUUUUAACGCAACAAGACUUGCCCCGUGAUCUUCAAUCUUUUAUGGGGCUACUGAAGUUCUACUUGGGAGUUGCAGUUUAUGACAUUAAAUAUAUAACUUCUGUUCACGGCUUGCAUCGUGGAUUGGAAAGGGUAUCUAAGUUACUGGGGGUUAACCGAAUUGCUGGAAUUAGUCACCAAGCUGGACCUGACAUUAGGAAACAAGUAGUUGUUCGCCAAGUUUGGGCAAGCAACCUAAAGUCCGAGUUUUUCCAUAUCCAGAAAAUAAUUCGUCAAUACCCUUUUGUUUCUAUGGACACUGAAUUCCCUGGCACCAUCUUCCAGUCAACUCUCAACAAGCAUCUUCUCUGCUAUGCUCCAGAUUAUACCUACUAUCUCAUGAAGCUCAAUGUUGAUAUGCUUAAAAUUAUACAGCUUGGUCUCACCUUUUCAGAUUUAGAAGGAAAUCUUCCCUCUCUUGGAAUCAAUAUCACAUCAUGUUGGCAGUUCAACUUUAGGGAUUUCGAUCUUCAGAGUGAUCCCCAUAAUGUUGAGUCCAUUCGCUUACUUGAAAAACAAGGAACUAAUUUCAAGAUGCAUAGAGAAAAGGGUAUUGAUUCUAGGGAUUUUGCCAAGUUGGUUCUUAGUUCUGGCCUUAUUUUCAACUAUUCCUUCACUUGGAUUACUUUCCAUGGUGCUUAUGAUUUGGCUUUCUUCAUUAAGAUUUUAACACAACAAGAGUUGCCCCGUGAUCUUCAAUCUUUUAUGGGGCUAAUGAAGUUCUACUUGGGAGUUGCAGUUUAUGACAUUAAAUAUAUAACUUCUGUUCAUGGCUUGCACGGUGGAUUGGAAAGGGUAUCUAAGUUACUGGGUGUUAACCGAAUUGCUGGAAAUAGUCACCAAGCUGGACCUGAUAGCUUGUUAACUCUACAAACUCUUAUUGAAUUCAAGAACAUUCAUCGCAAAAAAUUGAAUGAGAAUUUCAGUGGCUUUGAGGGAAUGUUAUCUGGACUCUGUGGUGGAGAACGGCUGCUCUACAAACCUGACUUCAUGGAUCCUUUCAAUUGGCAGAGAAAGAAUGUCAUGUGCAGUACCUGA